AUGACGCAGGGCCGAGUACAAAAGCCGUCAAACUUGAGUGGGCAAUCAGGCACUAUCCACACUUUAAAGAAGUCGGCAGGGCGGAAACGGGCCAGUCUGGCUUGUGAAGAGUGCAGGAGUCGCAAGCGACGAUGCAAUGGCUUGAUACCCUGUGAAGGCUGUGCACAGCGCAUGACGGACUGCAAAUAUGCCUCUGAUAUCGAAACUCAGCGGUGGCAUCAGAGCAUGAUUCACAUCUUGAAAGCCAAAUUGGAAGAGCUCGAGCACAGUAAGGACCAAGCCCAAGGAGCACAUAGGCGUCAACAAUUGGAUGCUGGCAGAGGUGACAACGCAACAGAGGAGCCACAUCGUGGAGAUUCAACUCAGUCUCCCCAGCAUGCGAAUACUGAGGAUUCCACUACAGUGUCUGUACCCGCGCCAUGCGACAGUCCUGCGCUACCCGUCCCUGAGUCAGGACUUGCUCCCUCAUGCACCUCUUCUCCAUCACGGUGUAUCCAGCCAAGCAAUUUUGAAAGGAUGAUGAUGCCCAUAUCGCUUGCCAUGGGUAAGAUGCACGGGCUCCCCCCCGACACAUCGGCCUUACCUGCAACGUCUGCUCCGAGCACGGUACUGCAUCACAACUCGAAGGCGGACUGUACGUGCGAUCAAUCCUUAAGUGAAAUGCGGUGUAACCUCCCUCUGCGGAGGUACAGUGACACGCUCGUGGCUCGCUAUUUCUCUCGACACAAUCGAAUCUUCCCGAUCCUUCAUCGAUCGACAUUUCUCGCGCAGUACGAGAGACUGUGGGAUUCCGACUUCAGCUCCCAUUCUACCACUCGGAGUUGUUCUGAAUUGUGUACCCAAAAGAGCAAGGGCAAAAUGCUCCCGACUAUCGUCUAUCUGGUCCUGGCGCUUGGGUCCUUGUUUGCUUCUCAGUCUCACCAAGAAAAUGCCUCUCGUGCGGAAGGGUUUUAUCGUGCAGCGCAGGAAACUAAUUUCCUGGAAAUGAUGGACGACGAAGUUGGAAUCGAGCUGGUUCAGGCCGGACUUCUCAUGGGAAUUUACCUGCAGAGCACAGAAAGAUACUCAAAAUGUUGGAACAUCAUCGGGUUUACGAUCCGAAUGGCUCAGAAUAUGGGGCUACACUUUACAGCCGCCGAGGUCCGCAAACGAGGACUUCUAGCAUGCGAGUCAGACCCUCUCGAUGGUGAGAUGCGCACACGAGUGUGGUAUGGAUGUAUUCUUCUUGACACAGACAUCGCGCUAUCAUUUGGACAACCCUGCAUGAUCCCAGUCGGUCUCGAUUUCGUGAAGCCGCCAUUUGAAGCGCUUCAUGUCUCUAGAUCAACCGAACCUCUGGAUGAUGCACACGUGGUCCCGCCAUCCGAUGAUGGACCAAGUGUACUAGGCUACUAUUAUCAGAAGAUCAAGUUAUAUGACCUACUGAGACAAGUCAUCCAGCGGGAUUCUGCAACAGCAAUCACAACCAUGGGUCGGGCGGCGGACAUAGACGCAAGGAUAAGAGAAGUCCUCAAGUUGGAUGCUCAAAUCCUAGAGUGGCAAAAUGACCUACCAAGUUACUUAAGACAUCCAACAAUAGACGGCCAUGAACGAGCGUCACCUUUAAAUGCUGGUAAAGGGCCAGGACACUUGGAGACACUGGAUAUUCCUGCUUUAUCCGACCGAUUGCACAACAGGUUCCUCCACACCAGGCAGCUGGUUUUACGCCCGGCUCUAGAAAUUCUUUUCAAACACCAGCAGGACAAACUCACCGCUGCCACCAAUAACAGCAAAAAGUCGCUUGAGGCUGAGCUUCGGGAAACAACACUCCUAGAGGUCGCAUCCCAUUGCGUUCGCCUCGCGGCUGAUAUGGUUGAGUUCUUGGGUAGUGGUAUCGAGGCAGAGAGCUUCAUCUGUUGGUGGUAUAACAUUAACAUGCUGUACACAUCGGGAACGACACUUUUGAUGGGACGAUUCUGUCGUCUGAACCGACCAGACCUUGACCGCCAAUCCCUUGCCGCCAGCUGGAAUCACUGCCUCGUGUGUCUGUCCCGAUAUCGUGACCCGGUCGAUGAAGGAGCCCUCAUUCCAACCUUGCAACCUGCGCCCGUGGCGAAUCUUCAAUCUCUGAAUAGCUCUUUAGAGCCACCGAUUGGAGACGACUUUCCCAUGGACUUUUCGACAGGCGUAGCUGCCUCGGAAUCAGCCCCAAUGCUUUCCUUGUUCGAUCCGAAUCUCCGCAAAGAUCAACCAUCAAUGUUUCUACCUGACAGCUAUUUGACUGACACAUCUGCAUGGCCAUAUCUUCCUUUCCUUUCCCAACUUGAGGAUCUAUCUUCUGGUGACCCCAACAUGAAUUUUCGGAUGGUCUAG